CAAGCGGCCUAGCGACGUCGCUCUCUCGCACUUUGUCAUCUUCUGCCCUCCAUCUCUCAUCAACAUUGUCCGUGCGCGACGGUAGCCGUGACACACCACGCCCAAACAAGCCUCCCCCGUGACAAGCCUAAAGGGCCUGAAUGUAAAUCAUGUCGGGGCGCUAUCCCGCCUCGCUCUCGCGCAGACCCGUCCAGCAGCGCCCACCACGCCCCACCUCGUCAACUCCCAGUUCCAUCGAUGAUGAGGUCCCCUCCGCCCCCCUUCCAGAACUUGCCUCCUUGGAACUCCUCCUCCGUCAAGCUGGGUACAAGGAGACGCGCGUUUUCACGCCAGAGGCCGAGCGAACGCGUCCACGACUAAAGACUCGCCUCGACGACGAGGACUCGGCCGAGCUCGCCAAUAUGUAUGCCGCCAUGGGUCUUGACCCCGAGGCAUCCAUUCAGGUCCGCCAUCUGACGCAGCCUAGUGUGCCAUUCCGGUCGAGCAGCAGCGUUUUGCGUAACGUCGCAUUGCAGGACGCGACGGCAAUGCUCAACGAGGUGCGGAAGCGUCGCGGUGCCGGGACACAAGAAGGUCCAGGUGUUCCAAAGGCCGCCGACGCGUUUUGGCGGCCUGAGAUACUGGAUCGGGCGGCCGCAGAGGCAAUGGGCAAACACAUCGCGACGAUUAGCCCCCCGAGGAAUCGCAACUCGACAGACGGCGUUGGGCUUGGUCUUGCGCAGCAGGGUCGCGGGGUCCGCAAGGCCAAAUCCAACAUGGAGCUCGUCCGCAACAUGCCUCCAUCUCCCGGCAAAGAGGAUGUUCCACCGGGAUACUACACACUUCAUCGCGAAAAUCAGCCACCAACCGCUCCGGCGCAUACAACCGCCUUCCAGCGUGAAGUGCCGCCCUCCAUUGCCGCCAUGUUCUCCCCUCCCACCACCUCCCCCCUUCAGUCUGAGCAGCCCCAGUUCGUCGACGACGCUUUCGAUUGGGGUCAGCUUCCAGCCGACUACGAGUCCCAGGAGAUUGAUGACGAUUACGCCGAGAUGUAUGGGAGCGGCGGCGAUUCAGACUCGGACAGCAUCGUGUCUAGCAUCAGCGUCCGCAGCAGUCUAUCGCUUCGCCGUGCUAGGUCCGUGGAAUCACCACCCCUCCUCGACACUGACCAGGUGUUGGCGGAGCUCGGACUUGGUCCUGCGCCAGCCAGGGACACCGAUGGCGAAUCACUCGCUGGAGAUGAGGAGAUUGCCGAGGCCGAGGCCGAGGCCGCAGCUAUCGGACAGCGCAUCUUGGCAACGACGGUUGAGUACGAUGACGACGACAGUGAGGACGAGUUCGACCCCAACAGCUCCCCAACCCCCAAUACCCAACUCGCCAGCGCCGUUCCCGUCUUCAAUGUUACCUCCCCUUCCCCUCCGAGCCGCAAGCCUAUGCUGCCACCCUCUCCUUCGCCUGCGGCGGCGCGCCUUUCCGCAGUACAAAGGGCACCAGCGACUCGCGCAGCUCCCCCUAUGCGCACUCCGAGGAAAGUCGUCUCACGAGAGGUCAGCCUGGCCGAGGCCAUGUCGGAGAGCAUCAUUUCACCACCCAAGCUGGCCAAGCCAGUCGUAUUGCCUGCUUCCCCUCUGCGCGCGAGCAAGUCGGUUCCAGUGCUUCGCAAGCAGAAGUCGUUUGUGCCGUUUUCCAUCACGCCGGCGGCCCUCGCCGCGCCAUCUCUGCAGACUGUCGCCCCCGUUCUUUGCGACUCCAUCUCGAACGAUGCCGAGGACCUACCCCCCCUCCCCAUACCGCCAAUGAAUGAUGCAGCGCCCACGUCAAGCAUUGGAUACAUCGCGCUGAAGGCUCGCAAGUCGCUCAGCGCCCUUCGCGCUUCCUUUUGGGCCACUGCCCCAGAAGGACAGCUACCCUCGACCUCGACGGCCCCGAUUCUGGCUCCUCGCCUCGACUGGGGCGCCCAGGGUGCCCAGUUCGCGGGCUGGAACACGGAUCAGGACGAGAAACAGCACAAGUCGCGUGGGUCGGUUGAGUCGACCUCUUCGGUCGACACGAUGCGCGAGAUCGACACGUUUGACGACUCGUGCCCCAUUGACUAUACCAAGUCGUUCUUCUACAAACCAACGACACCGCCACGUCCCUUCAACUCGGUGCCAUCGCGCGCAAGCAAAUUGAGCAAGCAGGCGUCGGUCAAGUCGCUGCGUCGGGCCUUGCAGAUCCCCGUGGCUGCGCCCCCAGUCCCUCGCAUUCCGAGCAAAUAUUUGACGGCGUCAAACGCAAAUCUUAGAGGUGCGCGAACCCCUCCGCGGCUACAACCGCCUGAGAUCCGCAUCCACUCGCCUGGCGCUUUCGAGGAGGGUCGCCCGCCCCGUGCUCUCUCACUCACAGGCCAAGAGUGGGAGGGUCGGGAUGUGGUUCCCAACUGGGGCAAAGGUGUGCGCAAGAGAUCACGCAACAAACGCUCGCGCCCGCGCAACCCAUUCUCAGACGACUGGGAUUAAGCUUUGCUUCACAGUUCCGCACGAAAUUUCAUGACCUCACGAUACCCGGGCCUCUUCAUUCGUUCCUCUUGGGGUUUGUACACCAGGCUUG